AUGGUGGAAACGCGUAUCGACGGGGAGUUGAAUGAAAUCCGCAACCGCAAUCAAGCGCAAGACGAACGAAUGUUGGCUCAAGAGGCCCGAUUCGAAAGGAUGGAAGCUAUGAUGGCUUCAAUGAGCGAUGCAAUCAACCGACUAAGUACAAUUGGGAAUAAUCAAGUACCAUCAGAUGAAGGUCAAAAUCUCCGAGGUGAUAAUCAUCGUGAUCGUAGACGAGGCGAAGAUGUCAGACAUCGGGAAGUUCAUAACGAGGAAAUGUAUCAACCUCCAACUAGGCUGUCAAAGAUUGAUUUUCCAAGGUUUAACGGCGAAGAGGUGGAUGACUGGAUUUACGGAGUCGAGAUGUUUUUUCAAAUAGACCGAACAUCAGAAGAAUCAAAGAUGGAUUAUGAAUUCGGUCCAAGCGAAUUGGAUGAUCCACCAGACGAAUGGAAGGACUUGAAGCAGACGACAACUGUUAAGGAUUUCGGUAAGAAAUAUCUCGAUAUUACAUAUAAACUGCCACAUCUUACUGAAGAGUACUCCAUUAAGGGAUAUUUAAAUGGACUCAAAGAAAAAAUAGCCAAUCCAAUCAGGAUACAGAAACCUCAGUCCUUAACUGAAGCGAUGGGAAUGGCUAAACUUCAAGAACGAACUAAUCAGAAAUUACAAGAUGCUGUUUUUGAUUCGUUAGUGCGGCGAGGCUAUUUAGCAAACAAGGGAGGUCCAUUACUGCCAACUCCGAAGGCUACAUCUUUCCUGAAUCGAGGAAAUAAUAAUGGACCGUAUAAUAGAACAUCGACAAACCCUGCGAGCAGUUCUAAUAGUACUGGCCAGUACAAUAGAGCAACAAAUACUAUUCCAAGAAAAGUCAAUUUAGAUCAGAAAGCGUAUGACGAGAAAAAGAAAAACAACCAGUGCUUCUAUUGUGAAGAGAAAUGGGAGUAUGGUCAUAGAUGCAGGGCGGGUGCCAUUGCGAUGAUAAAUGAACUAUUCGAGGAAGAGAAUCAGGAAGAAAAAUUGGUUGAAACCGUGGACGAAUUAGAAGAUGGCGCUGCAAUGACAAUUGAAGGAUCAAAUACAUUUGAUACCAUGAAGGUGCAAGGAACGGUAGGACGAAACAACGUAUAUAUUCUGAUAGACUCGGGAAGUACGCAUAAUUUUAUUAACCCACGAGUGAUCAGGAAUACAAAAUUUGUAACGUCUCCGGCGGUUAAACUAAUGGUCACAGUAGCAAGCGGUCAUCAAUUGGUAAGUACUACCAAAUGUCUUGGAUUACAAUGGUCAGCUCAGGGAAUAAAUUUCAAUGUCGAUGCACGAGUAUUGUCCAUUCUCAAGUAUGACAUUAUACUCGGAAUAGAAUGGUUGGUGACACUUGGUGGAAUUCAGUGGGACUUCAAGAAUCUGAUAAUGGAAUUUUCAUUUAAUGGUGAACUGCGGAAGCUACACGGGGAUACAUCCAAUUUGGUUUCCAUGAUAGAAGGCAGAACAUUAGGGAAGGUUAUCCGAAAGGGCGCUAAUGUGGCUAUGCUGAGUAUUGGGGAAUCAGAAGAGUGUGAAUCGGAAUUAUAUUCCGUAAUAAUAUCUUCACCAGAGGCUGACAAGGAACAAAAAUUGGAGAAACUGUUAAUAGAGUUUGAAGAAUUAUUCAGAGAACCUACAACACUUCCACCUACUCGCAAUUAUGAUCAUCGAAUUAAUCUCAAAGGAGGAGCAGGAACCGUUAGCUUAAGGCCAUACCGAUAUCCUGCUCUUCAAAAGGAUGAAAUGGAAGGCAUGAUAGAAGAGAUGCUUAAAUCAGGAGUGAUACGCAAAAGUUAUAGUCCAUUUUCUUCACCCGUUGUGCUGGUAAAAAAGAAGGAUAAAAGCUGGAGAUUAUGCAUCGACUACCGACGUUUAAAUGAGGUAACUAUUAAAGACAAAUUUCUAAUUCCGUUAAUAGAAGAACUAAUUGAUGAGUUAUAUGGUAGUUGCAUUUAUUCUAAACUAGAUUUAAGAUCUGGUUAUCAUCAAGUCAAAAUGAAGGAGGAAGACAUUUAUAAAACUGCAUUCAAGACACAUGAGAGUCAUUACGAAUUUGUAGUGAUGCCUUUUGGUUUGACAAAUGCACCUUCCACGUUUCAACGAAUGAUGAAUGAGGUUUUUAAGACUUAUUUGAGGAAAUUCGUACUAGUUUUUUUUUACGAUAUUUUGAUCUAUAGUCGAACAUGGGAAGAUCACUUAAAACAGUUGCGAUUGGUAUUCGAGUUACUGAAACAACAUCAUUUAGUUUUGAAACAUUCCAAGUGUGUCUUUGCUUGUUUGGAAGUAGAUUACCUUGGACAUGUUAUUUCACAGCAGGGAGUUGCUGUAGAUAUGUCGAAGAUAUCAGCUAUUAAAAUAUGGCCGACUCCAGAUUCCUUAAAACAACUUAGAGGAUUUUUGGGCUUGACAGGAUACUACAGGAGGUUUGUUAAGAAUUAUGGGUCUAUAGCUCGGCCACUAACAUCCUUAUUGAAAAGGGGAAAAUUAGUUUGGAAUGAAGAAGCCGAUGUGGCAUUUGAGGAACUCAAAAAGGCCAUGAUGAAUCUACCAGUACUAAAAUUACCUAAUUUCGAGGAAAGCUUUGUGGUUGAAACUGAUGCAAGUAACAAUGGUAUGGGGGCGAUCUUGAUGCAGCAAGGACACCCUGUGGCAUAUAUCAGUAAAGGACUCGGUCCGAAACUACAAGCCUUAUCUGCUUAUGAACGAGAAAUGUUAGCUGUAUUACAUGCUAUCAAGAAAUGGAGAAGUUAUUUACAAUUCAAACCAUUCAUCAUAAAAACGGAUCAUGAAGCAUUGAAACACCUGUUGGAGCAAAAGAUUAAACACCCUAGUCAAGAGAAAUGGCUAUACAAGCUGUUGGGGUUUGAGUUUUCGGUGCAAUACAAGAAAGGCAAGGAGAAUGUAGCUGCUGAUGCACUAUCUAGAAUCAAUUCAGAGGGAACUUGUCUAGCGUUAUCUGAAUUCUCAUCGGUAUUAUUAAAGAAAAUAGCUAAGACAUGGGAUGAAGACAUGAAUCUGAAGCAAAUUGUUAAUAAGUUACAAUCCGAUCCUCAAGGUAUUAAGAGUUUUUCGUUUAUCAAUGGGCAGUUGAGAAAAGAUGGAGGUAUCGUGGUGGGCGCUGAUAAGGAACUCAAAUCAUACAUAAUAUCUACAAUGCAUAACUCAUCAGUGGGAGGUCAUUCAGGUGUGAUGGUGACAUAUCAGAAACUAAGACAAGCAUGUUAUUGGCGUGGUAUGGAGCGCGAUGUAAGGGAGUUUCUUAGGAAUUGUCUGGAGUGUCAGCAACAAAAAUGGGAAAAAUCAAGGAACGAAGGGUUUACUGCAACCAUUGGCGAUUCCUAA